AUGACAAAGACAGUUAGUUCAGAAGAUUUUACUGUUGCAAUUCUUCAAUCAAGUGAAGAUAUUUUUAGAGAAGCAUUGGUCAAAUGGAUUGUAAUCGAUAACCUUCCAUUUACCACUAUUGAAUCAGAAAGCUUUCGUGAGUUAUUCGAGAUAAUCAGAAAAUUAGAAGGCGAUAUUACAGUUCCUUCCCCAGGAUGGUCAAAC